AUUGCUUAAGACAAGGAGCAGCCUCAUACAUCCUGUAAGUAGAAAGUGCUUUUCGGAGAAUUGGCGAGAAUAGCAAUGUCGUUCAGCCACAUCUUAACUACAGGCAGGGUUGCCAUCAGGGGGUACAGCCGGUAAUCUGGUCAGGCGUACGACCCCAGGAAAACACCUUCUUGCAUAAAAGGCAUGGCAAUCGAAGGACAAGGCUUAUAUUUGACCUCAGAGGGUCUACCGAUCAAGUAUGAGUAUUCAUGGCUUCAUCGCUAUUGUACCUCUGCCCAGACUCACCAUCGGAGAGCUCAAAAGUCUGGACGACUCUUCUCUGGGCUCUUAACGAUGAACGUUGUAUUUGUAGGAGCUGCGCUAAUAAGUAGUAUGAUCUUGAGUAAUGGGUCUAUAGCAGCUCAAGACUACCAGAUCUACUUGUUAGUACUCAUGCUUGUUAGCUCAGCAUGGGCGCUCUACCACCUGCUGUACACCCGAAAAAAAUCACAUGCAGUUCUACUUAAGGACCACCAUGCAGGAGCUCUGUCACUGCGAGUCUCACUAGCCCUUUUUGGACUAUGCAGUCUUCUUCUGUUCAUCUUUAAGAUUGGUUACGAUGUGGUUCAGUCUUGCAAAUUACCAUUGGAAAUAGUUUUUUCUUUCGUGGAAAUUCUCUUCAUCUGCAUACAGGCAUGCCUCCUCUGGAUAUCCUGCAAGGACUGUAUUCAAGUUAAACACAAUGUAACCAGAUGUGGCAUCAUGCUAACAUUGGCCACCAACCUGCUACUUUGGUUUCUAGCUGUAAUCAAUGACUCUGUGCACCGGGAACAAGAGAGCUUAGUACUGAACAAAACAAAAGAUGAGAACACCUCCUGCUCAUGUCCAGCUUUUUCUCUGUGUUGGACUUUCCAGCAGGGAUAUGUGACACUCUACCCCUUUAACUCGGAAUACAGUUUAACCUGCGCAUCUAUGCUCUUCAUCAUGUGGAAAAAUGUUGGAAGAAUAGAGCAUCUUACAAGUGGUUCAGAACAAUCUAGCUUCCGUUUGAGUGGGGUGGUGUAUGGUCCUCUUCUGGGACUUGCAAUUUUGUUAAUAGGAAUAUGUGUCUUCAUUCUCUAUCAGAUCCAGGUUUCAGUCGGGACUGUACCUCCAACGUCCUACCUACUAUACUAUACAUACAGCACCAUUGUGCUUACCAUCAUGGUAGUUUGCUGUGUUGUUGGCAUCCUUGCCCACAGUAUUGGCCAAGAGGAGGGCAAAGGAAAGGACAGUAAUGAGCAAAUGGAACAGCACAUUCAUCAAGAUGAAAAGGAAUGCACAUCAGAGGAGACCAACGAGAGUGGAAAACCGGAGAAGAAAGACAAAGAGGAAAGGAAAGUGGUUAAGGAAAACAAUCCAUACAAUGCUGGAAGGAAGCAGAUAACAGAAGAACAGAUGGAGCUGGAUCUAGAGCGGCAAGUGGUCAAAAGAGAUGAACACAUUAUGCAUUCAGAACACAGAGAAAAUCACAUUGAGAUGGUGAAGCACACAGAUGGAGCAGAUGAGGAGUGUAAAAGACAGCAAAGAGACCCAAGGCACAGAGGGAGGACAACAGAGCAUAGACACAAAGUGGUUGAUGAAAAGCCAGAGGAAAACUGCCAUAUCAGACUGGGAUCAAGUAAGAACUACACUCGCAGCCUUGAGAUUAUCUUGCUGUUGGGAGCUGCUCUUGGCCAGUUCUCCAUUUCAUACUAUUCCAUUGUAGCCAUAUUGGCAACUAAUCCCUGGAAUCUGAUAAAUGGUCUCAGCCUCGCAUACUCUAUCCUUAUGAUACUGCAGCAUAUAUUACAAAAUAUUUUCAUCAUUGAGUGCAUGAGAGGUGAACAUGAAAAAACUACCAAUCCAAUCAUAGUUAAUGAAGACUCAGAAGAAGAGAUAGACCCCCCACGACGAAUGUCUCUUGUGGAAAUGCGAAGAGUAUCCCUGGCCUAUCUACAAAGUGUUGGGAGUUUAAGCAUCAGUCGCAGAACUGUUAAAGAGAUUUCACUUUUGUUGGUUCUUAGCAAUAUCAUGUUCUGGAUUAUGUCUGCAUUUGGAAAUCAUCCACAAUAUACCAACGGUUUGGAAAGGGAGUUCUAUGGAUUUUCUGCCUGGUUUUCAAUCCUCAACUUUGGUCUGCCUUUAUCGGUUUUCUACAGAAUGCACAGUGUUGGGGCAUUGCUGGGGGUCUACAUGAACACCUGAGAGCCAUCACACCACCAUAUACUGUUUCCUUCACUAACUGGAGUACCAGGGUAGACUGUAAUCUACAUUGUAAAUAAACCAUACGUAUAUUGACAAUAUACAUUGAUUUUUCAGACUACGUUCAAUGGUUCCUAUAUUAAUAUUAAAGGCAAUGAGAAUAGUUUAUUGAGAAUAGUGUUUUAAGCUCAUAAUCAGUUUAUGUAAAUUCACUGUAAAUUAGUCAAAUCAAGUCAUCAGUCUUGAAAGGCUCGUGCACCAAAAAAAGGAAUGAAAAUUGAGUACCAUUUUACUAAUCCUUCUUUUUAGCUCUCCUUGUAAGUUGAUGGUACCCGCAUCAAUCCGUUCUUGCAAGCACACUGUCUUGGUGUUAUCUUUUAUUCUGGUCUCACCAUUAAGCCUCAUGUCCAGUCUGUGGUCGCAUCCUGCCAAAUCCACCCUAAAAACAUUGCUUGCUCCUUCCCCUUUCUUAUGCUCUAGUAAUUUCUUGCAUUGAUUACUGUAAUUCUCUCCUAAUUGAUCUCCCCAGAAGCCGUACGGCCUCGUUAUAGUUUACAAUGAAUGCUGCUGCCAGGCUGAUUUUUCUCUGUUGUUGCCUCUCUCGCACUUUGUCCCUCUAUCAAUCCAUACUUUGGUUUCCUGUAUCCUACAGGAGUCAAUUAAAAAUGCUAACCCUUAUCUAUAAAGCCCUAAACAAUUCUAGUCUCUGUUAUAUUUCUAACUAAUUCAUAGGAAUGCCCCUUCUAGGUCUCUCCGCUCUGCUGGUGACCUCCUCCUGUCCAAUACUCGCACCCUUACUGCUAACCCACACUUGCAGGACUUCUCGAGGGCAGCUCCUGCUUUGGAACAACCUGCCUACCAACAUCAGAGGCUCCCCUAGUCUUCAAU